AUGCAGCCACAAGGCUACCCUCGUCCUCAGAGGAGUAGUAAUGAAGCUCAACUGCCUCCCCCGCAGCAGCCUGAGGCAGCUCCUCCCCAGACACCGAGGCAGACCAGACCGCAGCGCGCGCCGAAGCGGCUGGGCAGCUCCCCGCUGGUGGGUCACCGAGCGGGUGGUGACGUGUGGUGGAUGCCGGCGGUGGGUCACCGCCCGACGGUGGAGGUGGCGGUGGCGGUGGAGGUGGACAUCUCUCUCCGGCGGGCCUAUGCUGACAUUCUCAAGACUGUGUUCCCAAAGCGUGCCAAGGACCAAGCAAUAUCAAAGCAGGCCGCAAAGGCCACCAUCGGAACUAGCAGCACUUCAUUGGGCCAUGAUCAGAUAAGAGAAAUCAUCGACAAGGUUAAAGUAGAAAUCCGACAGGAGCUGCAGCAGGAAUACAGACCUCACAAGGAACAACCGGAAGGAACACGCGGCGAUGAAAUAAUCCAGGAAGCAGUCAUUGAGGAAACCAAGAAGAAGCUAGAAGCAAUCAAGCGGCGGGUUAUACAUCAGCUGUCGAUCAGAGGGAUGGUUGGCAAGAUUAAAGAUCAUUUGAAGGAUGAUGAGGGGACCCUGAUUCUCAUGAAAAAAUUCCUCCACAGACUUGUGUCCGGAUGGGAGGAGACCAUUGCUGCCUUGAACAUGGUUGCCGGAGCUGUUUUUGGAAGAGCCGAAGCCCUACCAAACAGGGCCUACGAUAAGGUGCUCCAGCUUACCAGUCAGCAGAAGGAGGACAACUACAAUCCCCGAAUUUUUCGCGAUAUCUUGGUACAAUGUCAGCCAUAUGAUGAUGAAAAGUUCUGCAUGGAGAUCUUUGCUUAUGCUUUGUAUUCUAACCCUAUGAUGAGCAAUGGAGAAUUGCGCAAGUUGCACAGCAGCCUGAAGGCUUCACCAAAAUCGUCGGCUAGUGUUGCUAUGCAGAUGUUAAAGUUCGCUUACAACGAUCUACCUAAAGAAUACAGGUCCUGCUUGUUGUACCUAGCUAUUUUCCCUUCAGGAAAGAACGCAAAGCCGAUCGGACGAUCAACCUUGAUAGGACGGUGGGUUGUAGAAGGGCUGAUAACAAAGGAAGACUGGCCUACUUCUGUGCGUGAAGCCAAUAGAUGUUUUGAUAUGCUCAUUGACCGGUACCUUGUUAAUCCUGAUGAUACUGGUUUAACGGGAAAGGCCAAGAGCUGCAGAGUCAGUGUUCAAGUUCAUCAGUUCAUUACCAAGAUCGCCAAGAGUCAACACAUUGUGGAGACACGCCUGUCACGUCACUUGGCUUGUCACUUCUCCAUUUUCAAUGAUCUCCGUCUCCGUGGUUCGGAUACUAUCGAAAAUUUCUUUCAGCAACUGAUGAAAUCUGAACAAUCUCAACUGUCUACGCUCAAGGUGCUAGAUCUCGAAGGUUGCCGCAUCUUCGACAAAAACCCACGCUACCUCAAGGUCGUAUGCAACAAGUUAUUAUUGCUCAAGUACCUGAGCCUAAGGGGAACAGAUAUCACCAAGCUGCCUAAUGAAAUAAACAAGCUCCAUGAGCUUGAGGUACUGGAUAUCCGGCAGACAAAGUUGCCUGCAUCUGCAACAAAACGUGUCGUGCUUCUUAAGCUGAAGCGUCUUCUUGCUGGUGACAAAGGAACAAUCAACCACAGUAUUUCAGGGAUGAAGUAA